AUGAACAUCGACCAGCAUGUGCAGGAUACUUACCUCAGCCUGAGACCACGACGCAUGCACUGCCCCGCAAUGCUGAUAUUUGUACCUCAGGGCUUUGACACGAGGGUCUUCGACAGCACGAUAUGCUGUGUAUCUUGUGGGGAAAUCCGAGACUUCGUCCCUGAGAAGACGUCCAUUGGGGCCUAUGAUGCGAAGGACAGCCACGAAGAAGAAGCUGACAAAAGAAAGUAUGAUUACGGAAGUCUGGGCAGAGAGGAAUUCCGGCUCCUAGUUCUCCAGCCAGGACAAGGAUACGACGAAAUAUGUUGCCGAAUAGUCAUAGCAUCGCUAGUCAACCCGCCCACAUACACUGCAGUGUCCUACACAUGGGCGACAGAAGACGGAGACAUUAGCGAAUCAGAUGAGAUACAUGCAAGCAAGGAAGACACUGACCAAGGCUGGAAGAUCAUCAAAGUGACAUCGAAUUGUGCAAACGCUCUGCGACAAGUACGAGACUCUCGUGACGAUGUCAACGUUUGGAUCGACUCUAUUUGCAUCAAUCAAACCUGUAUCAGUGAGCGCAACGAUCAAGUUAGCAUGAUGGGCAGUAUCUACAAAAAAGCUCUAUGCGUGGAUGUGUGCAUAAAUGUGCCUGGACAGGACUUUCGAGAUAUAAUGGGACCGCUCGGAGUGUGGAGUUCUGUAGAGAAGUAUUCUAUGGGACUCGACAAGGUUGGUUUUGAAGGUCAUCCUAUGACGAAAAGACUGAGGACAUUUUUCAACCUACGAUAUUUCAGCCGAGUUUGGGUGAUACAAGAGGUGAUGCUUGCGAAGGUCGCGAACUUGCAUGUGAACAAAGACGUCAUUCCAUUCCCAAGUUACACAAUCGAAUUGAUUCAGGCGCUUUGUUCGAAGCACAGAGCGAACAUAUCACGAAUUUCUCAAUGGGCCUCAUUUUUGAAACAACGACCAAGUCUAGUUUUGUACUUGAGUAUCUCCAUGGAUUGUUUCGCGUCCGACCCCAGAGACCAAGUUUUUGCGAUUCUGGGCCUCCUUAAGCCUCGUAUACGGGCCUUGUUUACUGUCGACUAUACGCUCAACCUAGACGUUGUUUUGAGACAGGCUGUGGUAGCAUGUAUAGUAGAAUGUGGGGAUCUAGGUGUUCUUUCUUUCGCAGGCCUUAAAGAGGGCGCCGAUAUCUCUCGGUCUCCAAGCUUUGGCAAAAGUCAAUUCAGAGAAUACAUCGCUCAGGAAGUUUGUAGAGCCAGCCAUGCGACUUCAACCACACACCUGCGGCAAGGGACAUAUCAGCACAUAUCACCUUUCGGAUCCAUAGCCUUGAAGGCUAGCUCCCACCGGUACCAAAUGUCUACUCAUGAUGGAGGAGGCAGCAGUGGUGAGGGUGACAUCGCAAUUGGCAGUGGUUUUCGAUCACCAGAAAGAAGCACGGAAUUAACCGAUUGCUUGCAACUGCCCGCAAGUAAUGUUGUUAAGAUCUCGAGAACACCUGGCCCGCCAGAGCAAAUUCUCCCAAGACUAGAGGUUUGGGCGGAAUUUUUGUGCUUCUGUUCGGAGGCGUCCUCUGACAAAACUGCUGAGCUUCUGCCACUCUUUGAAGCCAACAAAAAGCCAAUUCGUACAUCACGAAUAUCCUGGUUAGUUAACACAUCGCUUUAUCACGGUGGAGACUUCCUCGACUCCACCGUGGAAGACUUGGAGAACAUGGAAGAGGGAAUUGAGGCAGGGAAGAAUCACAUCAUAGCCGAUGACCCUUACAUUUUCCGCGCAAGGGCUCACGUUGGCUUCACUGCUAGCAGCUGUGUAUCCGGAGAUUCAAUCUUCCUCGUAAAAGGAGCAACUCAACCGCUCUUACUACGAGAGAUCAGCCACGAUGUCUACAGAAUUGUUGGUCCAUGUAACAUAUGGAGUCCGAACAAAAGUCCCGAGCUUUGGAAGUUUUGUGAGGUCGACGCUCUACAAUCGAUGGGAGGACGGCACAUCGAGAUAUAUUGA